AUGAAAUAAUAAUCAAUAUUUGUCACAGUUGGUAGUACAAACUUUGAUGAAUUGAUAAAAACAAUUGAUAAUUAAGAAACUUAAAACUAAUUGAAAUAAUUGGGUUAUAAUAAAGUAGUAUGUUAAAUUGGAAGGUUUAUGAUUUAGAUAAAUAUUUUUAGUGGUAAUUAUGAACCUAAAACUGAGUUUUUUAGAUUUAAAUCAUCUUUAAGUGAAGACUAUCAAAAUGCAGAUUUAAUAAUUUGUCAUUGUGGUGCAGGUACAAUUUUAGAAUGCUUAAAAUUAAAAAAAAAGAUUAUUGUAAUUAAUAAUGACACAUUGAUGAAUAAUCAUUAAAUGGAAUUAUUUAAUGCAUUAACAAAAUAAUAAUUAGUAUGUGGAAUAAAAUCUACAAGAUAUAUAUAAAAUGAAGUAUAGAUAUUUUAUGUUAUAUUCAAGUUAAUUGAUAAAAUUAAAGAAUCUUCAUAAUUGAAAGCUUAUCCAUAACCAUAACCAAAUAAGAUUGAUAGUAUUAUUGAUUCAAUGUUUUGAUAUUAUAUAAAUAUAAACACAAUUAGAGGAGAUCACUAUUUAUGUGAGCAUUUGAUCCCCCGUUAUUUUAAUUUAUAAAAGGGGGUAACAUUAUAUAUAUAAAAAAGAGACCUUAUGGAUUAAAAAACUAAAGUAGAAGUACAUUAAUAAAAUAAUAAAGCAGGCUGAUCAAUGUGAUCACUAACAUAAAUAUUUUAAAUAGAGUUUGCCCUUACAAUUAAGUUAAAUUAUCAACAUUAGAUUAAACUAACCUCGUUAAGAAGAACGUAGAUAUCAUUCAGAAACACUUAAAUAAGUAUUAUAUUUAAAGAAAAGUUAUUUAGUAAGCUAAAGCUUUUGACAUAAAUAAAUGGUAAGAAAUGGUGGAUAAAGAUGAAUUAUAUUAAAUGUCAUUGACAGGACAUUUGAUCAAAGCAAUACAAUUAUAAGAUGGGAAUGCCACAUUAAAUAAUCUAAUAAAUGUUACAGAACCAUAUCUACCAUUUUUAAGAAAGUAGAAUGGAAAAAAUUUUACAGGAAUGGCUACAAGAACUGUGAAAGGAUGUUUGUCAGCAGUUGUUUUUAAAAGAAAUGAUGAAUCAACUUGGUCAGUAGAUGAUACUAAAGUAGAAGAAUUUAUUAGUUAAGCUAAUAAGAAGCUAUUUUAAUUCUUCGAGAAACUAAAGAAAAACUUUCCAAUUUAUGAUAAUAUCAAAUCAGAUAGUAAUGGUAGAAAAACAAAAAAAAGAAUUAAAAUAGAAUAGAGAAGAGAUGAUGAUUAAUUCAAUGAUAGAUUUUAACCUUACUAUAAUUAAAAAUUAGAUCCUCAAGAUAAUAUUAAAAUUGAAAAUCAUUAUUAGAAUUUUGAUUAAAAUGCUAAUUUGAAAAUAAAUUCAGAGUGGCAUUAUUCAAUAAGUGACAAUAUUUUUAAAAGUUUAUAUUGUUUAAGAUAAGGAGAAAAGAUAGAUGAUCAAUUUUUAGGCAACUUGAUAGGAUUCUACAAUAUUAAACAUAUCUUAGAUAGAAUGUCAGAAUGUUAAAGAUAUAUUGAUUGAUAU